AUGAUAUGUCAAGAAACAACUAUUCGUAAUCUUUCUGAAUAUUAUAAACUGUGCUUUACAAAAUGUAUAAUGGCCACUGUGUCAUAUUUUACAUCUGAUGGCGACAAUCAUUAUGACUUCGAUAAAUGCUUAGAAGAAUAUAUUAAUUAUUUAGAUAAAGGUAAAGAACAAAUUCAUGAUUUUGAAGCCAAAACUUAUACAAAUUACUGCACUGAAUGGGAAAAAUUAUGUAAAUAUAUAAAACAUAAAAGAGAAGGCCUAAAUGAAUGCUAUAUAAAAUACCAUAUGCCAUAUAAUGGAGAUGGAGAAGAAACAAUAAAUCAUUUUAUUGGAAAAUAUUCUAAUACAUCUGAAUGUUCCUUCAGUAGAGUAUCUCUUGUUAAAGAUAAUUCUAAAUUAAUAUCGGAAACACAACACAAUGAAGAUCGUAAACAAGAAAAAUUAGGUGAAGGACUAUUGGAAAAAGAAUUUGAAAUGUUACAAGUCCAAAAGGAUAUAAACCAUCCUUCUAGUUCUGAUUCUCAAGAUGAAGAUCGCAAAUCAACUGAUAGUCAUACUUUCAGUACACCUUUAGAACUAGAAACAUUGUGCAAGUCUGAAUCCUGCACAGAUCCUUCAACAUGUACAGCAUUAGGAACCCAAGCAAGUGAAACAGUUUUACAAAAAAUCCACAAUGAUGGUUGUGUGAUACAUAUUAAACAUCAAAAAAAAAUUUUACAUGAAUGUUCUAUCAAAGGCAAUGUUUCUGUUUCCGAACAUGCUGCUGAGAAGACAGUUGAAAUGCAAGAGGUUAAAGUUCAACCACCCGACACAAAAAGUAAUGAAGUUACUUUUCUUGCUAAUGGAACAAAUGAUACUGAAGAAUAUGACGGUGGUUCUCUUUCUCCUGUGUCCAUUCGUGAUAAGGAUGAUAAGAAUGUAGAACAUGUUAACCAAGUAAAUCUUAAUGCAUGUAUUGAUGCAGCAAGUGGUGGGAGUUUAUCCUCAAGUCAUGUAACAUAUAGUUACAAGGAUGCUAGGGGUUUAAAUUCUGAAAGGGAAUCUACGCAUGAUACAUUUUCCGGUGUUGAGACGCCCGUUAUUUUAGAACAUAAUACUUUCACCCCUAUGAAGAAGCUUAUGAUCAAUAAAAAAAGGAGGAAAGGAAAACAAAUGAGUGAAAAAUUACAGAGAGUACAAUUAGGGCCGUCCCUUGAAAGAGAUACACUAAUCCUAUUUGCAAAUAGCCAUUUUGAAUAUUAA